AUGCCCUCAAAACCUACAUCACCCGGGCCGUCUGAUGUGACCGCCGAUCUGCCGAAGGGUAGCAGCAGCACCUCAGACGAGCCCCUGCCAGCACAAGAUCCGACGACCCAAGCUGCAGAUCAUGAUGACCAUGCUGCGAUCAAGCCAGCUGCUGGUAGCGAGGACCACGCGCGGGACUCCUCAUCGUCAUCGUCAUCGUCAUCGUCAUCCCCGAGCUCGCAAGAAUCUGGCGAAGCAUCACCUGUAGACCCAGCCGACGCUGCCUCGAAUGCGCCUCCCUUUCCAAACGAGCCUCCACCUGCUACAGAAGACGAUGGAUGGGACUUCCAUUGGGAUGCGUCGCACCAAGCGUACUUCUUCCACAACCGCAUCACCAACGAGUCUACAUGGGAAAACCCCCGACAGUCCAAGAGCAACCCAGCCGCCAGUCAGAAUACACAACUUCAAACUCCGCCUACCACCGCCGCCCUCCCCCCAAAUGAAGAACUUCCUGCAGGUGGUUACAACCCAGCCAUCCACGGCGAUUACGACCCGAAUGCCUGGUAUGCCCAGAAGGCCGACGUGAGCGUUGGGCAACAGCCGACAGUAGAUUCAGCAGCUGCAUAUGCCGCAAUGGGUUCCUUCAAUCGCUUCACUGGCCGAUGGCAGGGCGCCGAUCAAGAUCCGGAACGUCAUACCGAUGAAGCAAAAUCAAAGCGGCAAAUGAACGCUUUCUUUGAUGUCGAUGCUGCAGCAAAUUCACAUGAUGGCCGCAGUCUCAAAGCUGAGCGAUCUGGGAAGAAGCCAAGCAAGUCGGAAUUGAAGCAGUUCAAGGAGAAGCGCCGGGCAAAGAAGGAGGAGAGACGGAGAGCAUGGCUGAGAGACUAG